CUUUCAAAAGAAUUUCUGUCUAUCAAGAACCAUGGAUAUUUCAAUCUGCACUUUGCUCAUCACAUUCCUAAUUUCUUUUGAUUCUAUUCAAUUCAGUUCACAGGGUAUCUCAUUUGGAACUUGCAGUCACCCGAAACUACUACCUGAGACUGUACAUAUGUUGGAAACGAAGGUUGGUCUACCAACGUUUCAAUCGCUAAUCUACGACGAUGCUGUUCAUGUUCUGCUUUUGGGUCAAAUGGCGACGAAUGGUGCUCAUAAUAUUGGGAUAUUGACUACAGAAGGCUGGAAACUGAUGAACGAUGAUGAGCUCGAAAUUUACAACAUGAUUAGGAGACGAAACCCCCACGCUCUAGCAGGGGCAUACAGAAUACCGCAUAUUGCCUAUAAAAAAGGGGAUAAAAUUUUUCGUUUAUCAGAGGUAACUCAUAGCCUCGUAAAAGUUGCAGAAUGCUUUCAGAAGACCGGGGAGAUGGUAUUCUUAAUACCACGUCUCGGUGGAGCAUCUCAAGAAAUGCGUCCUAUAGAGGGUGAUGAAUUGAAGCGUGGACAUGAAUAUAUUGCAAGAUAUUGGAGAGGUAUGUGGCUCGUGAAGGAUCUGCUUCCUCCUGAAGAAGAAAUGGUGUUGGAGCAACAUCAUCAUUAGAUGUUAGGAUAAAAUCUUCACAGUCAUUAAUAUAAACAAUAUAUUCUGUCUUGAACAUCUGGUUUUGGUCAUGGCUCUGAUAAGUCCAAUAGUUUGUAGGACAUUUGGCUCCUCCUGAACGUUGUUUCCACAAGUGAGUUUUUCC